AUAGUCUACUCUGUGUAGACAACUGGAAAAAACUAAAUAGAUGAACUGUCCAAGAAGACGGUUGGAUUAGAACUGAAGCGUCUAUUCGAUGUUCGAAUUUUCCGAUCGAUAAAAAAAAAGUUACAAUAAUAAUACAUUACGCAUAAUGUUAUAUAAGUCUCAAACUUUGGAAAGUUUGUUCACUUCACGUAGAGUCACCUAUAAUUUCGACUGUAUAAUAUUUUUUUCGAACUUUUUUAUAAAGUAUCGAAAGAAAAAAGUCAUCUAAUAUUAUCAGCGAAAGUACAACUCGAGUUACGCACGCGAUCGACUUCUUUGUCUUUGAAAUAUGACUAAAAAUGGAAUAUCAGACUACAGAGCGUUUCAUGAUCUCACUAAAAAAUUAUUAACAGUCGGCGGACUAUGGCCGUACAGUAAUUCAAAUAUAUUAUAUCGACUUUUACCAUACAUACAAAUUUUUUUAAAUUUAGCAAUGGCGUUAGUUGUCUUUGGCUUUGUCCUAGAACAUUUUUCAAACGUCGCUGUUGUUACGCGAGGCUUAAGUAGUAUGACGAGUUUCGCCUCAGCUAUAUUAAAGGUGGUAUGUCUUAUAGUAAAACAUAAAGAGAUAGUGGAACUGCACAAAAAUUUGGAUCCGUAUUUUGAGAAAUUGUUGGAAAAUGAAAAAAUGUUGGAGCAUAUUUUAAAAAAAGUUAACAUCUUCAGAUUGCUAUCAGGAGUUCUAACUCUCACGGUCUUUGCAGUCAUCGCAUUUCAAAUUAUCGCUCCACUGAUCUUCAUAAUCAAUUGCAAGGUUCAUCAUAUUGAAAUAAAGAAAUAUCCGCUGAUAUACCCCGGAAAUUAUCCGUGGAAUAUUCCCACGAGUGGAUUUUUGUACUUAGCCCAUUUUACACUAGAAACAUGUGGUACAUUUGCAUUAUUUUUUGUAACAACGAGCGUGGAUUCGUUAUUUACGCUUUAUAGUUUCCAAAUAAUUGGCCAACUGCGGGAAAUGUCUUAUUGCAUCACGCAUAUUGACAGCGACGACGAUAGUGGAAAAUACAUUUUUCACAGGUGUAUAAUCCAGUACCAAAAAUUAAUCAAAUGUGUCAAUCUUAUGGAGGCUAUUUACGGUCCAGUCGUACUUUGGAUGAUGGGCACAAAUGCCAUUGUACUUUGUGCUUUAUUAUUUCAGAUAUCAAAGAUGAAAACUAUAACUAUUAUUCAAGGCUUUAUGUUUACGGCGUAUGUAAUAUUAAAAUUAGUACAAACGUUUAUGUACGCAUGGAGUGGUUCUUGUUUGACAGAAGAGAGUGAAAAUUACAAAGAUGCUGUUUAUUCUUCUAACUGGCAGGGAAAAAAACCUUUUAUGGUUUUAAUUGUCAUGUGUUUAACUCAGCGAUCUUUGGGUAUAAAUGCAUGCAACUUCUCAAUUGUUUCUCUGAGAAUGUUUAUUUCGGUUGUUAAUACCACGAUUUCUUAUUUUUUUCUAUUACAAACGCUUGAUAGCGAAAUGUUUAAAAUAAAAAUUUCCAGUUACUUGAUCUUCCGUGAAAUCAUAAAAGGCCUAUUGACUUCCGUAGGUUUUUGGCCAAGGGAAAAUCCUUCAUUACCUUACCGCCUACUAUCUUACAUCCAGCUACCGCUAAACUUCGGAGUGUUUCUCGCGAUAUUCAAUUUCGUCCGGUUAUACGCUAAUAAUUUGACAAUUCUAACAGAAAGCUUCAGUAUUUUAGGCUCAUAUUUGUCAACAAGUUUCAAGGUAACAUACUUCUUAAUAAAUCGCAGAGAGAUAUUAGAACUGCAUCGUACGUUAGAUACAUAUUUUACAAAAUUAGCCCAAGACCGUCAGAUGAAAAAAAUUAUUUUCAAAAAAUUUGGGAUGUUCAAAUUUCUAAGCUGGUCGUUUUCCUUCGGCGUCUUUAUGACCUUAUCGACAUUGGCUGUCCAGCCAUUGGUUGAUAUGGCAAUUGAGUAUCGUAAGUCUGGAAAAAUUGUUAAAUAUCCGCUGAUAUUCCCGAGCAAAUAUCCAUGGCCAACAUCCUCAAACGGAUGGGCAUACAAACUGACCUAUCUUUUUGAAUCGCUGGCGACAACAUCUCUCGUUCUUAUAACAGCAGGCAUGGAUUCGUUGUAUUUGUUUUACAUUUUCCAAAUAAUUGGACAGUUGAGGGAAAUGGGUUACUGUAUAACCCACACUGAGGGAUACAAUGAAAAAAGUAAAGAUUCAGUUAUACGCAGAGCAGUGUAUCAAUAUCAAAUAUUGAUCAGAGCAAAACAAAUUAUUGAGAAGAUUUAUAGCCCGAUUAUUUUGUGGGUAAUGUUCUCGAAUGCAGCAAUUAUGUGUGUCCUCAUUUUUAAAAUCAUGCAGAUGACAACUAUAUCGGCUUUGAGACUGACAAUGAUGUUCGCGUACGUUGUGGCUAAAAUGCUACAAACGUUUCUUUACGCAUGGGGCGGGACAGCACUGACCGUGGAGAGCGAAGAUUUCAGAGAAGCUAUUUACAAAAUCAAUUGGUACGGAAGUAAAAAGAUUAUGAAUUCAAUUAUAAUAAUGAUGGCGCAGAAACCGAUGAUUGUAACUGCUCUUAAGUUUCUAACUGUUGAUGUCAAUAUUUUUGCUGCGGUUUUGAAAACUACCAUGUCCUAUUUUUUCCUCCUCCAGACUCUCGAAGAAAAAUAAUAUCAGCGUUAUCUAUAAUAGUAUUAUUUUUAGGAAAUAAAAAGUUA